CUUUCCGCCAGCAGGAGCUAUAAGAACCUCCAAGUCUUCAACUUUCUCCCAAUCCCAGACACUUCGAAGGGGCUCCAAGGAGGGAUCGGGAGGGAUUUUUUUUUUGGUUGGCGUUUUCAUAUUUUUUCCUCUUGGAUCCUGAUGCCAUCCCCCCUCCCCCCAAAGUGAGGUCCUCCCUCCCUCCCUUCCUCCUCCUCCUCCUUCUUCUCGCAGGCCAGCGAAGCAGCCGAUCAAGGGGGAGCUGGCGGGUUAGGUGCCCCCCUCUUCUCCCUGCCCUCCCCCCCCUCCCGGCCCGCUUCUCGCGUCUCCCCCCAGAGAUGAUGCAGCAGGACGAGUCAAACUCUCCAGUCUCCCCCGCCGACGACAGCUUGAGCAACAGCGAAGAGGAGCCGGACCGGCAGCAGCUGCCCAACAACAAGAGAGGGGGGCGCAAGCGCCGCUCCAGCCGCCGCAGCGCCGGCGGCGCCGUCGGGGCCGCGGACGAGCCCUGCAGCCCGGCCCAAGGCAAGCGGGGCAAGAAGUGCGGGGCGGGCGGGGGCGGCGGGGGCGGCGGCAGCAGCAGCGGCGGCGGCAGCCCCCAGUCCUACGAGGAGCUGCAGACCCAGAGGGUCAUGGCCAACGUGCGGGAGCGGCAGCGCACGCAGUCGCUGAACGAAGCCUUCGCCGCACUGCGGAAGAUCAUCCCCACUCUGCCCUCGGACAAGCUGAGCAAGAUUCAGACCCUCAAGCUGGCGGCCAGGUACAUCGACUUCCUCUACCAGGUCUUACAGAGCGACGAGCUGGACUCCAAGAUGGCAAGCUGCAGCUAUGUGGCCCACGAGCGGCUCAGCUACGCCUUCUCGGUGUGGAGAAUGGAGGGCGCCUGGUCCAUGUCCGCAUCCCACUAGCAGGCGGUGUCCCCCACCCGCAUCCUCCCGGCAGGAGCCCUAGAUGACAUUGUUCCCACAGAAGGAGAAAAUGGACAAUCUAGAGACUCUGAAGUUGGAUACGAUUUUUUUUUUGGUCUUGUUUAACAAAAAAUGUACCAAGGAUUUCUUGGAAAUUAGAAGAGCAAUAUGCAAAUUCUAAGCAGGGCGUGGGGAGCACUUAAGGAAAGAGAAAGAGACAAGGGCUUUGGACAGUGACUACCCUUUGGGCGUCGGUACAGUACACACAUCUCUGCAUUCUGAUAGAAGUCUGAAUCGUUCGAUUAUUUUUUUUUUUAAUUUUUGACGAAGAAUGUUGGAAUUGAACUUUUUUUAUUUUAUUUGCCCUUUUUUUUGCAUGCAUUCCCAAGAGGUCGUGCCUAUGAGCCACUGGUUAAAGGAAAUACAUUAUUGUGGACUUUCUUCAUUCUUGAAUGAAACCAACCAGACAACCAAAAAUAUCCCUGUAGAGAUGAAAACUUUUUUUUUUUUUUUAGGGGGGAAUAAGCUGGGCUCAAGCUGUUAUACACCCGGUUCCUAACUUUUUUAUUAUUAUUAUUUUUCCUCUGAGAAAAAAUAAACAUUUUAUUUAUUUAUUGAUG